UAUGACAUGACAAUUAUGUAAUACACUGGCUUUCCAGAAACCACAACGUACUAAGACAUUAUCUUGCAUGCGACAUAGCACAACCUCUUAUCAACAAGUGCACAGCAGAACCGAGGUAUUGAUUCAUUUCGGAAGACAAGACAAAAUGAGCUGUAAACUUACCACUGCAUUGUUCAUUGUGAUUUUCACAAAAACAAACGCCGAACUUGAGGACAAUUCCCCGGCUGUCAAACGCCUGCUUUUGGAUGAUCCCCAAACAGUUUCAGCUCAGAUGUUAUCCAUGCAGCGAGAUAUCCAAAUGCUCCAAACCAAAAUUUCCGAAAUCGAUGUCCACCAAUCCGAAAUUCAGUUCCUGAAUGCACAAGUUUCUCAGCUCCAGAAAGAGAAUACUGCCCUAAAGCUCCAGAUAACUCAAGGAACUUCCACUCGUGAUGUUCAAGUACUCACAAAUAAACUGGCCUUGCUGGAAGGCAAUCUGACUCACGAUCUACCUCUCUUGAAGACCAAAUUGAAUGCAGUGAUGCUUGAGAAUCUUAAUUUGGCUCAACAUUCAGGUUCAACUUUCUUUCCAAUUUGGGGUAGAAAAUCUUGCCCAGCCAUUAAUGGAACAGAACUCAUCUACACAGGAAUUACAGCAGGAAAAUAUUUCAACAACUACGGUUCUGGAUCCAACACCUUGUGUGUCCCCCAUAUUCCUGAUUCUCUCCCAUCUGACUUCCCAACAACGACUUACGCCAGCUAUUAUGCAAAUCUAUAUGGAGCUGAAUUCCAGUUCACAUACAAAAAUGUGGCUAUUGAUGAUGACGUCCCUUGCGCCGUUUGUCGAGUUAAACCUGCCACAGCCUACAUGAUGAUACCUGCUAAACUCUCCUGUCCCACAGAAUGGACUCUUCAAUACCAUGGAUACCUCAGUGCAAAUUAUGCAGGUUACAAAACAACAGAGUAUAUUUGUGUGGACAGCGACCCUGAGUAUUUUGAAGGAUUACGACAAGUCAACUCUGAUGGGCUCCAUUUGUAUCCAGUGAAAGCCCAGUGUGGAUCUUUACCUUGCCCACCAUAUACAUCUGGUCAGAGACUUGCUUGUGCAGUCUGUACUCUGUAAUCGCAUUAUUUUUAACACGGAAUUUUCAAUAAAGUUCAUGACAACA